CAGGUGUUGGGAAACAGGGCCGCCUGGGUCCUCUCGCAAAGGGGCUCCUCGGAGCCGUGCCGGGACCUGCCUCUUCUCGACUUUUAGGGGCGACGGGAAACGAGACGUGUGAAUGGGUGUCGGGUGGGGGCAGGUGUGGGCGCGUGAGCACCCUGCAGCUGGGGCCUGCACCAGCUCAGCCUCCUACAGCGCUUUGAUCUUUUCUGACUUUGGUUAGAUUUAGAAACUUGGUGACUUGACCUUGGCAACUUCCUCCUCUGGGUCGCCACACACUACCCCACAGGGAGCUUACUCGAGUGGGUCGUGGACACUUUGAGGUCGGACGCUUACUGGCCGGUUUAUCACACCCCAUUGACACACGAGGCCCCGGGCCAGUUUGCAGCUCCCCGCUGAGCCAGUGGCGGGGACGGAGGACACGCCCCGUGCUUUGCUCCCCAGUCCGAAUGGGGUCGCCUAGGCCUGUUUACACCGCCAAGUUCCUUUCAGAUCCGGCAACCGCAGGGAAUGACACGGGUGCCCCCAGAGCCACGGCAACGGGCGGGGAGGGCGAGCCCCACAGCCGUCACCAAGACGCCCGCCUGGGCAGCACCGAUAAGGAGCUGAAGUCAAGAGCCACCGCGGCGGACAGCGUCCGGACAGCUUCGGGGACCCCUCGGCAGCGGGGGCCACGGGCCGAGGUCAUGGAUGCAGCGGGCGGCUCCCGGAACCCGCUCCCAAGGCCCUGCCACGUGCUGGUGCUGUUAAAUCCGCGCGGGGGCAAGGGCAAAGCCCUGCAGCUCUUCUGGAGCCACGUGCAGCCGCUGCUGGCCCAGGCCGACGUCUCCUUCACGCUGAUGCUCACUGAGCGGCGGAACCACGCCCGGGAGCUGGUGCGCGCCGAGGACCUGCGACGCUGGGACGCGCUGGUGGUCAUGUCCGGAGACGGGCUGAUCCACGAGGUGGUGAACGGGCUCAUGGAGCGGCCUGACUGGGAGACCGCCAUCCAGAAGCCCCUGUGUAGCCUUCCAGCCGGCUCUGGCAAUGCGAUGGCCGCUUCUCUGAACCAUUACGCCGGGUACGAGCAGGUGACGAAGGAAGACCUCCUGACCAACUGCACCCAGCUGCUGUGCCGCCGGCUGCUGGCGCCCAUGGACCUGCUAUCCCUGCAGACCGCCUGCGGGCAGCGCCUCUUCUCCGUGCUCAGCCUGGCGUGGGGUUUCAUCGCCGACGUGGAUCUGGAGAGCGAGAAGUUUCGGCGGCUGGGCGAGAUGCGCUUCACUCUGGGCACCUGCCUGCGCCUGGUGGCCCUGCGCACCUACCGGGGCAGCCUGGCCUACCUGCCCGCAGAAACGCUGGCCUCCAGGGGGGCACCCUCCCCGGCUCGGGCCCCGCAGGGCCCCGCGGACACCCACGUGGUGCCCCUGGAGCAGCCAGUGCCCCCUCACUGGACGGUGGUGCCCGAGCAGGACUUUGUGCUGGUGUUGGCGCUCCUGCACUCCCACCUGGCCAGUGAGCUUUUCACCGCCCCCAUGGGCCGCUGUUCGGCUGGCGCCAUGCACCUGUUCUACGUGCGCGCCGGCGUGUCCCGGGCCACGCUGCUGCGCCUCUUCCUGGCCAUGGAGAAAGGCAGGCACAUGGAGUACCACUGCCCCCACCUGGUGUACGUGCCCGUGGUCGCCUUCCGCCUGGAGCCCAAGGACGGGAAGGGUGUGUUUGCUGUGGAUGGGGAACUGCUGAUCAGCGGGGCUGUCCAGGGCCAGGUUCUCCCCAACUACUUCUGGAUGGUCAGUGGCUGCACGGAGUCCCCACCCUCUCUGAAACCGCAGCCCUCCCCCCGCAGGAAGUCUCAGCAGAGGACGCCCCCAGCAGAGCGCCGGUGACUCCGUGCCUUUGUCUACUUGGUUUACUCUGCACUCAGGCCCCCCACCCCUUUCUCCCUCCGCCAGGACUGGAGGGCCUAUCCACAGCACAGGUGGUGAGCUGGGAGGAGGAGGAGGGAGACGCCUGGAGAAGAGUGGGAAGGACAGGCUCUGCCCACCAAAGGCCAGAUGGAGUGUUGGACUAGGAGCAGGGAAGCCACCCUUGAAUCAGAUCCGAAUAAAGUGACAUUCCCAGCC